GUCAACAUCGUGUGCCCGUCUACUUCAUCCUCCCGCUCCCUUCAUUCCCCUCCUCUCCUUAUAUCUACAUUGUCCUCGCUUGGACUGUCUCCUUUGUGAUCGUAUCCUUGGACAUCACGAACUUCCCCGCCUUCCAGAUCUCCACGAGGAAUUGUUCGUUCUCUCUGUUGGCAACGAACGCACGGUUCAAGUCACCCCUCCUAGUGGCGGUAGUGACGACGUCGUCUUUUAAGACCAUAUCUCAACUCUCCUACAACGCUGCUUCUUCUGCUGCAGCCCACUUCAGGAUGGACUCGAUGAGGUCCUUGAACACCUCGUUGCCGAGGUCAACACCCCGUCCGCAGCAGCCCCCUGAGCAGCUUCUCCAGUCGUUCAAGGCGGCCGCCCUGUCCGUUACCAAUCUCUACAAGAAUGCUGUUUACGAACAGGCCCAGGCCAAGCAAGCAGGCUACCAAGAAGCAAUUGAAGAUUUGCUGCAUUUCCUCGACCGGGAAAACCUCGGACUUGGUGAUGGAGAGGGCUGGAAGGUUCGACAGUGGGCCACGGAACGGAGCGAUGGGCUCGGCGCCCAUAGCGACGACGACGAGGUUGAGAAACAAACCAGAGGCACGACUCCUGCUGCGGUCCGCAAGGCACAGCCCGAAUCUGAACCGACACGACAAACAUCCAAGUCAACAUCUCCCUCGGUCGACGAGCCAAGUGCCGCCCCGCCGCCCCAGGCUUCUUCACCACCGUCGUCCCCUCAGUCUUCCGAGCCUAGCACCUUCGAUAGACCUACAAUCUUCACUUUUACCGCUGGACCGACCUUCCCACCAGAGCAAGAUAUGGAUGUGCAACCCUCAGAUACGUCAACACCUUCAUCUCAAGACGGCGCCCCCGUCAGUGUCUCAAUGCUGCCUCGAAACCCGCGGCAACAACCCCGCCUGAACAACUUUUCCCGCUCAAAUCCUCGAUCAUCCACUCGCGAGUCCUCCGUCGGACUUGGCUCGAAACGAAAGCUCGCAGUGCCGGAUUUUUUUGAUUUAUCUGGGCUCGGGAAUCGAGACUUUUUCGGCGGCGGCAAACGUGGCCGCUUCACCUGAAAGAAUGUCGUAUCGACAAUUAGACGACUUCAUAUUUCUAUGGUUACGCAGCGGCUAUUGGUGCAUUGAUUUUUUUUGUUUAUCCUGGUGCAUUUGAGGGAGUCCUGCAUGUGGUCUUCAGGCCACGGUCAUUUAUUUUUCUUUCCGUCUCCCUCAUCCUAUCUUCCACUGUAUUCUCCUUUCUACACCUGUCCGUUCCUCUUCUUUUCUCUUUCUUCGACUCAUACUUAUCAAAUUUAUAGAGGUUAACAGGCUUUGGCGAUACCCAGCGAGGCAGCUUGUGU